AUGAUUGUCAUCAGAAUAGAAUUAUUAGUAUUCGUUUUGGUUUACUGUGCUACCAUUGUUGUGGCUCGAUACGAUGAUCCUAAUUGUGGAUGGACUGACAAAACGUAUCGUGCUACCGGUGAUUGGGCUAUGGAUGCUGGAUCUAAUUCGAAUUGGAAUGCUGCUGAACCCAAGGGCUUGAUGCAUGAUACCAACGUUCAAUCAUGCGAGUAUGCUGUUGAUGUUCAUGGACUUCAGCCUAAUAAAGUGUACCAUUGGAAGGUAACUGUUGGAGACACUUGGGAAAUCAGUUGGGGAUGCGUAGGAAUAGGUGGACCCGAUUGUUUAUUCUCAACCCCUACUGGUUCCAUUCGUUUGAAAAUAGUUGGCUCGUUUGCUUAUCCUCUAACAGCUGAGGUUAUUGGUGGGUCAAUCAGUUCUACUACUACUUCUUCUUCAACUCAACCAACUGAUACUAAAUCUAGCAAGAAAGUAUUUGCUCACUAUAUGGUUGGUUUUGCUUAUCCAUCAGAUCAAAACUUUUUCGAUGCUCAAAUCAAGAGAGCAAAAUCAGCUGGUAUUGAUGGAUUUGCACUGAAUGUUGGCAUCGAUGACUGGCAACCUGAUCGUGUGACCAAAGCUCUUGCUGCUGCUCAAAACAAUGGUGAUUUUACAAUGUUUAUCUCCUUCGACAUGUCAUCGCUCACAUUUAAUAAUGGCAUCCUUAACCGUUUCCAUUUUGCUGCCUAUCAUCCUAAUUAUUUUAGAGUCAAUGGUAGACCAUUCUAUUCUACUUUUGCUGGUGAAAAUCAAGAUAUAUUUUGGUUAACAUGGAAAUCUGCUAGUGGAUUGAAUCCUUACUUUUGUCCUAGUUGGCCAAACUAUCCGACUGCCAAUUUACUACAGUCUCAUCCGGUUGCUGAUUGUAUAUUUACUUGGAAUGCUUGGCCCGCUGGUAAUUCUGGACCGGGCAGUCAUUUUGACACCAGUGGCGAUAGAAAUCUUAUUGCUAGCGCUAAAGCUACUGGUAAAACUUACAUGGCUCCACUUGCUCCAUGGUUUUACACAUAUGUAUGGGGAUCAGGGUGGUAUAAAAAUUGGAUUUAUAGUUCUGAAAGACUUCUACCAGAAAGAUGGCAACAAAUUGUUUCAUUGCAACCAGAUUUUGUUCAAAUUAUUACUUGGAAUGAUUACUCUGAAUCUUCCUACAUGUGUCCUAUUAGUAGUGACUUACCAACUGAUAUGGCAGGCAUCUCGAAUAUGAUUAACAAACCACAACCUAUGCAUCAUGACGCUUGGUUAGAACUUUCGAAACAUUAUAUUCAGUGGUAUAAAAAUAAUCUCAGACCUACUGUUACCAAUGAUCAAUUCUACUGGUGGUAUCGUGUUCAUCCUAAGAACAAUGUAAAUGGCGAUGCUCCUCAAUAUCGUAGCGAUGCUGACGAUUGUGUUGUUAUUCAUUCUAUCGUUAAAAGUGCUAAUCCUAGCGGAGGACAAUAUACAGUAGUAGUUGACUUGAAUGGAUCGAAAACUAGCUACAAAAUCACUAAGCUUGAACAGACCGAAUGUAUUCCGUUCCCUGCUAAUCCUGGUUAUGUAACAGUUUCAUUGAUCGGACCUGACAAUAAAGUAUGGUGGGCUGAAGGAAACAAUGCUGCUCAGCAAAGCAGUGGCAAUAAUUUUAAUCCAUUUACCAACAGUCAUAGUUUUACAAGUCCGUAA